AUAGAUUUGUGGUUUAAGUUUAUUUACCAAAAUUAAAAUAAUAUUUCCACCUCUUUUUUUCGCAGUACAACACGAAUUUACAAAAUGUAUAGCUUAUCCAUCAUUUGGUCAGCCCACUGACAUUUGCUGCUUUGAAUGUUAGUCGAUAGGUGGCGCCAUCUCAUGAUCAAUCUCACAUUACGGUAACCACAACAGUGGUUUUGAUCCCUAUUCCUUAGAGCAAUGACAAGUGGGUGGUACUGUAACAGAGAACAAAAAAGAUGAAGACAUAAUACAACAACAAGCCAAGGAGACAUAAAAGGUUUUUUACCACCUUACAAUACAUGCACUUUUUAUAGAAUAAAGUUAGCCAUGUACAUUAAAACAUCGAUAACUUGAAGAAAAACUCGCAUGGGAUGAUUUAAUCCAAAUAUCUUUUGAAUUUGGCUAAACAGAGAUUUUUGAGUCAUUUUUACCAUGGACCGGAUAGAAAGUCGUCGUGUAACAUGAGAUUUCCAUACAAAUUUCUUUGCGCUUCGAUAUAAGGAAUCAUACAAGGUGCUCUGAAACAACAGACAGUCAACGGUGCAUGAUGACCAACGUUCACAUGAGUCCUCCGUUUAAGGGUCAUGCAGUACACAAGGAGUUUUUAAGCGUCGAGCGUCCUUCGCCCGAAGGCGCUGGCUCUUACGAUUCCCAUACAGCACCUUGGACAGGGUUCGCUCCUUUCACUCCGGGCUCACUUCCUACACCCCUCAGCCACACUCUCAUGCGGUCUAAAUGGUCCAAAGAAUCGUUAAAUGGAUGCCGAGAAUACAACACCAUCAGGUCCGUCGGGACGCAAAGAUACGCGGGACAUUUGUGCAAAAAGUGCAUCUCUUAUUUCAACAUCUUUAAAGGGGAAGCGUUCAAACAAAUCAUUGACGGAAACCUUUCUACCAAAGAUCCCAAACUCCCCGUUCAUCUUUAUGAGAGCAUGAAGACACCUGCUGGCGCUGUAGAUGCCUGGAGCAACGUGGAUGGGCGCUGUAGCAUUUGCUCCACUCACUUUAGCCAGCUGAAGCAGGAAGCCAUCCGCACGAUCCUUACCCAGGACCGGGCCAUAUGGACCGCUUCUUCCUCUGCCAAUAACUCAUCCACAAGCUUAGACUUCUCACAAACGCUUCCCAGAAGCUCACGCCACCGACCUGCUGGGUCAAAACCCCACCAGAGGCCCGCCAAUGACGCAACGGAUUGCUGGAUUAAAGAACAACAACAUUUGGAGGCCCUACAGUUAACGUCCUCAUGCAAUGGAAUUCAUUCGGUCUCUCAAAAGACUUCCCAGAGUCCGUUGCAUGCACAAGUGAAGCCUGAAAAGGAGAGCACUUCUACAACCCUAUGCAACUACAACGCUUCAGAGCCAUCCAGAGCUUCCAGCAUGUCCUCUCUUCUCCCUGCAGGAACCUCUGCUGCCGUGUCUUUCAUUGUCAGGGCAGUACAAAAGCUGAACGUGAUGGUUAAGAGAGGGAGACAGUGUUCGGAGAGUGGUGCCGCCCAACAGACAACAAACUUCAGUAGUCUGCUGCAGAAGUUCCCUCCUCCAACGCCAGCCAACUUUUUUCAGUCUUCUAGUAAGAGCAAGGAAACACCUGGGAUGGGGAAGGUCAAAGUGAUACUGCGAGUCUGUCCUGUUUCUCCUUCAGAGACCUCACAGUUCCACUCUGUCAAACUGGACCUUCGGAAGAAACAAAUCACAGUGCUGAAUGUAACCACAAGCGAGCCAUACACACAGUCCACUGGCACUGCCUUCUCUCCAAAGACCUUCGCCUUCGAUGCUGCCUUUGGCCAUGAUUCAACCCAGGCUGAAGUUUGUGAGAGCAGCUUGUGUGACCUGCUGCAGUGUGUACUUGCUGGCGCUGAUGGCUGCAUUUUAAGCUUUGGACAAACCAGCUCGGGAAUGUCUUACACGAUGAUUGGCCAUGAUGGUUGUGCUCAAACCCUUGGAGUCAUUCCUUGUGCUAUUUCUUGGCUUUUCAAGCUCAUUAACAGGAAGAGAGACAAGACAUGGGCUAACAUCUCAGUUUCAGUCACAGCUGUAGAGAUCUGUGGGGAAAACAAUGCCAUCAGGGAUUUACUCUCUGAAGUUGAUGCAGACAACUGUAAAGAGACCUAUAAACCAGAUGCUUACCUCGUAGAGGACCCCAUCUAUGGAACACAGCUCUGCAACCACAGUGUGUUAAACGCUCCAACUCCAGAAAGGGCUGCUUUCCUACUAGAUGCAGCGAUUGCGUCUCGCAACAGUGGGAUGAGGACCAGUGGAAGCACACCGUCACACUCCUGUCACAUGUUCUUCACCCUGCAUGUCAACCAACAACACAUAGGGACCAGCACCAAAUCUGGGAUGAAUGUGGAUCAAAGCAAGCUGAGCCUGAUCUCAUUAGGGAGCUGUGUGGGAGAAAAGGAUUCUGGGAUGUGUCUCGGCGAUCUCGGAAACAUUAUCAUCGCCAAGCUUAACAGACAUAAGCAUGUCCCGAAUAAGGGAAGUAAAUUAGCAAUGCUCCUGCAAGACGCUCUAAGCAAUAUCAACUGCACCACCACAAUUAUCGCCCAUAUAUCCACCUCAUCUGAAGACCUCACUGAAACCCUCUGUACAAUGCAGACCGCAUCUCGCAUCCGAAGACUGCAAAAGAGGACCAGGAAAUCUUCUUCAAGCUCCCCCGGAGGAGGAAGCUCAGGGACUGAGAGGAGAGUUCAUCAUUCCACCAGACUAAGAACAUUUCAAUCUACUGGAACGCUGGAUCAGGAUCUGUCCUCUCCUAGUUUCUUUGCUGAGCCAGAAUUUCGUCCUGGGAGCGCCAAAUCUUUCGAUUCUGUCUUGGAUUCUCCAAGCUUCCUGAAUAAAGAGGUCACAAACCGAAGCAGAGAGGUUUUGCCUAUUAUUCCAUCCAUACUUAAAAGCAAGUUGGAGUCAAAGAAGCUUUCUCUUAUGAAGUUGUGUGAUAUCUCCCCGCCACUGGGCUAUCGCAUGAAACAGGUGUCAAAAGAAAAAGAUAAGGAAGAGUUAACACCCACAUUAUUGCAAGAAAGAUCGGAUUUUGAGUGUCUGAAGUGCAACACGUUUGCAGAACUCCAGAAUCGGCUGGGAAAUAUAGAUAUAGACAAAGAAAGAACAGGACUGGUUGGAAUGGAUCCAUGCAAGGCUCAGUCAGCGAGCACCAUCAGCAAAGCACCUCACUCAGGUCAUGCCGAGAAGAAAUCUAUAUUGACGGAAGCUCAAGCGACUAAUAAAAAAGAAUCUGAUAGCUCUCCAAGAAGAUUCGCAGUCAUUCAGAAUAAUGAUGAAAUGAAAACUACAGUCGAUUCUCUGAUUGUUCAGACAUGCUCACCACAGUUAGACGCUGUCAAGCAAUGUGACCACAUGGUCCAUGACUUAUCCUCCAGUAGAUCUAAGCCCAACACUGAAAAAGCAGACAUGAUGUCCAUUUCACUGCCUCUGAGAUUCGAAGACCAAAGCAUGCCAUCAUACGAUUCCACAAUCCAACCCGAUAAACGAAUUUCUCCUGCUGGUAAGAGUGCGCCAAGAUCCACGUCCUCCUCUUCGUUCUGUUCAUCCGUGUCUACCCAGUCUGGUUCCCAAAAUACUGUUUUUGCCUCUGUGAAUGAAGACGUUUUACAUAAUACGUUAAAACACAGAGAGAUGAAGGCCACUAUUACUGUGACAGUUCAGCAGCCACUGGAUCUCAAUGGGCAGGAUGAGCUUGUGUACACCGUGGUUGAAGAAGUAACUAUAAAUGGGGCCAACGAGAAAGGAAAAGCGAAAAUAUUAAGCCUUCACAAUUCACCCUCUCUCCACAGUUUGAUGUCAGGAGGUCGGCCUCCUGUAAGGAUUAUCGGCAGUGUGGGUCAAGAACAUACAACGAGUUUUCUUAAUUCAGGUACUGAAGAACAAACUUCGGAGAAUGAAAUCGCCAUGACAUCAUCUGAUGUAAUGUUGAAAGAGAAAGCACAUGUCAAACCCACAAAAACCAAUAGUAAUAUUGACAACAAUGUGAGCAGCAUUAAUUCAGAAGUCUUACUUAAGCGUGAUGCUUGGUCAGAUGUUCCUCUAACUGAAGAUGUGAAGGAUAUCGCUACAGGAAGCAAGGAUGACCCUAGCCAUAACCAUUCCAAGCACAAUGAGGUCUUGACGCCCAGACAGUGUGACGCUACAAACAAAAGCAAAGACUUAAAGGACGUCCCACAUCUACACACGGAAUUCAAUAAUCCACACGGUCCAAAGGAAACACUUGAGAGGAAGCAAUAUGUCAUAAAAAAACAGACCAAGGAGAACGUACCCCUCCCGUCAACAUCUAAAAAUAGCCCAAAUGAAAAAAGGAAGAUCGAGAAAAAAACAGAAUCUGGAAUAUCCAGAAGUACAACUCUCAACAAGAGACAACCUCUGUCUGCUGAGAAUAAGACCACAAAAUCUCCCGCCGACGACAGCGGCAAGCUAUUCAACGCAAAAUUGAAAGUGUUAUCCGGCAGGAGCCAUACUUUAGACCUAGGUGAAAGUGGGGUUUCAUUCGGUUACCCUUUAACAGGAAGCUUGGAGGGUAUUUGUACCUCACCAAGACUCAAGCGAGAGAAUCGUUUCAAUAUGCCGGUUCAUUCAAGCAGUAUGGACGCAGCUGGAUUUAAAGAAGAGUUUGACCACUUUGUUAUGUGUCGAGCCAGUAAAAGUCUCGGAAGAGUUCCAACGUUCUUCCCAAUGCAUGACGUUGAUGCAAAUGACACUCAGCCAUCCAAAACUGGUAGAUCGAACCCAACAGUUAGUAAUAAAAUGCCCAGUUCAAAGAUCCACAGGAUGCCAGGCAACAGUCCCAAGAGUUCAAGCCAAAAUCUAUCCCCAAAAUCUAUGAAUCAGUCAAUCAACAGAAGCCCAAGCCUUUCUUGUAACUCUUCAUCUUGUAACCAAAGCCCCUGGUCAACCCAUUCCUUAUCCCGAAGUCAUUGUGCUCCUUCCACCAAGUCUUCAGGUUUACCUCUGAAGGGAAGAAUUGAACUUUUAAGAAGUAGCAGAGACUCACUAAACAAUUCUAGCCAAGGUGGCUCUGAUUUAGAUGAAACUGAGGAAUACCUGAUGACGAAGCCUUCAACUCACACUUUGCCGUCUCCGUACAGCUGGAUCACAGCUCCACGGAAACCGUACCACUGUAGUGGCCAUGCCAGCGAUACCACCAGUGUUCUUAGCGGGGAGCUACCUCCCGCUAUGUGUAAAACAGCCUUACUUUAUAACAGGAGCAGUAUGGUGAGUAGCGGCUAUGACAGUAUGCUCAGAGACAGCGAAGCUACGAUCAGCAGCAGUUCAACACAUAACUCCAUCAGUGAUCAGAGCUGUAUCCUCAGUGCCGCUAGAGGAGUGAGAAGUAACAAGAAGAGGACCAACAUAGGAUCAAGUCCAAGAGCCUUAUCUCAGGACAGCCUGCUGACACUGAAGAGGUCCUUAAGUGGACCCAAAAUGCAAUGGGCGGAUCGGGGACUUUCUGAAUCUUAUGAAAUUAAGGUCUAUGAAAUUGAUCAUGUAAAUGCCAUACAGAAGAGAGGCGGGGCAGGGAAUAAGCGUAUGGUCCGCUUUAGCGCAAAGCUGAAAUUCCUGGAGCAUCGACAACAGAGGAUUGCUGAGGUGAGAGCCAAGUACACUGUUCUCAAGCGGGAGUUGGAACUUGCCAAGCAACAUCUGAUGGUGGACCCUGGAAAAUGGACCCGUGAAUUUGAUUUGUGGCAGACAUUUGAAGUAGACUCCCUGGAGCACUUAGAGGCAUUGGAGGUGGUUACUGAACGGCUAGAGCGGCAUGUUAACCUCUGUAAAUCACAUAUAUUAAUGGUCACCUGCUUUGAUGACAAACCCAAGCGAAGACAAAAGUCCCGGCAUCGACCGUCUGUAGAUCAUACAGGGUUUGUAGCAAUAUAGCAUGCAAUGACUUAAAAUGAUCACUUUAACCUGUUAUGCAAUACAAAUUGUAUACAAAACUAUGCCUGUAAACCGCCACAAAAAAUAUGCAAGAUUCCUAUGGUGCUGAUCAGGCCAUACUUGAAAAACCUGUAGAUUCCUGUAGAUUCUUGUGUUGGAGACAGCUUUAGCAUGAAGAGAGCUCGACAUAAUGGAUCGCAGGUUCACAUAUGAGGACAAAAGAAAUGGACAGAAGCACUGGUUUGGCCAUUUGACACUUGAAACUGCUAAGCCUGAGUUAACAUAACCCUGGUUUAUUGUAUCCCAUGUUUCACACAGGUCAUACCUGACCCUAGGUUUGUAGUUAAUCUUGGGUAUUAAAGCAACAGUUCACCCAAAAAUGUAAAUUUUGUCUUCAUUUACUCACCCUCAAGUUGUUCCAAAUUUGUAUACAUUUUUUUUUUGUUUUGUUCUGAUGAACAGUUCUAAGCCACCAUUGACUACCAUAGUAGAAAAAAUUGUUUUACAAAUUUCUUUGUUCUGUUGAACAGAAAAUAAGAUCUUUUGAAGAAUGUAGGCAAGCAAACAGUUCUGGGGCGCUUUUGACAACCAUUGUCAUUUUUUCUAUUAUGGUAGUCAAUGGUGGCCAAGAACUGUUUGGUUACAAGCAUUCCCCCAAAAAUCGUUCUCUGUGAUCAUCAGGGAAAAAAGUUACAUUUAUACAGAUUUGGAACAACAUGGGGGUGAGUAAAUGAAGACAUAAUUUUUAUUUUUGGGAGAACUGUCCCUUUAAGGAUUCAACAUUUUGUGCUGUACAUUUGAAAACAUUGCCUUAACAUUCUUAUUUGCGGGUUAAUAAUAGUGAUUGUAAAUCACGCAACAAGCAUGCAAGCUGUGUUAAUAACGGCUUGUUCAUUUGUGUAAAUGUCACCGUGACUGAUGAAUCUAAUGAACUCUUGAUCACUUCAGUUAACCAUUUCUCUCAGAUGCUGAAUUGAAACAUUUAUGUGACUCUACAAUGUGCAUGAAUAUCAAAUGAGGCAAGCGCUAUUAUAAUUUAUAACUAGUUGCUGUAAAAUUUCGGCAAUGUAUUCAUUUACAAUGCAUAAUUUUGGGCUUCAUAACACAUGUUGUGGUGCCAAUAUACUAUUUAAAAUUACGACUGUAAAAAUUGCGUUCAGCGUGGGUUUAAAUGGUCUAAAUCAGGGCCAGUGUUAAAAAUGAUGUCAAAAGCCUUAUACAGUCAUCAUGCCUUGCCUCACUUCAACACAAGCAACUUUCACCGUGUUACCUACAAGGUGGUAGUAAACACUGUCAUUUUUUAACACCCAGUGUGUAUUGGGUUGCACUUGCUGAUGCUCCAAGAGCAAAUAAUUUGGAAGCAGUUUAUAUUUUAAUGCUCCUCGACCCUUAUUUGUGAUCUAAAAAUAAGGUGUUGACUUUACUGUUCUGUGUUUAUUUUAAUCAAGUUUUAAACUUUUUAGUCAAAUGUUCAACAUCCACUGUUAUCAUCAGCUGAGAAACAUGUUUUUUAGAAACAAUAUAGAAUGUCAAUAAACUACAUA